AUGGAUGAUUCGCAAGCAUCUACGUCUGGCAGGACCAAGCGUCAAAAGGUUGAUAAGACUGGCAGGCUUUCGGCUUUGGAAAGAUUGAAGGAAGCUCGAAGCGGUGGCAAGCGCAAGUAUGAGGUUGAAGAGCUAAAAAAUAUUUAUGACGAGGUAGAUGAGAAAGAGUACAGUAACACUGUUUUAAAACGCCAACGAGACGAUUGGAUAGUUGAUGAUGGCGAAAGUGGUUACAUCGAAGAUGGCAGGGAAAUUUUUGAUGAUGAUCUGGAUGAAGAGAGCAUUCAAGAAGCAAGAAAACAGAGACAUAAUAUGGCUGGUCCAAGAAAAAAGAGAAAAGAAGAAGACAAGAAGAAAGGGGAUAUUCAAAGUAUGAUUAGGAAUAUGCCUUCUAAGAAAGAUGCUAAUGUAGUUCAGAUCAAAGAUGAUGAUAUUUUGGGAGAAUUGCUCAGUGAGAUUUCUACAGAUAAAAAGACAAAUAAUCCUAAAUUGGGAAGUAGCAAGAACAAAUUUUGUCAUACAGUUCACUCUAGCAUCAUACAAAUACAUCAGUCUUCAUCUGUAACUGAAAAAACAACUGAUAAAAUAUUUGAAAAACCAAAGGAAAAAAUUGUAUUGAAAUCUAAUAAUAUUGCACAAAGUGCAAGCCAGAUAAUUGAGGAUGAAGAUGAUACCAUUAUAUUUGAUCCACCACAAAAGGAGAGCAUAAGUAAACCAGCAGAAUCAAAUAAUUGUUCAAAAGUUCAAGAAGAGUCAAAGGUAGAGGAUCAAAAUGCAAAAAAAUCAAUGGAAUCUAAUAAUAUUCAGAGUGCAAGUCAGAUUAUUGAGGAUGCAAGUAGUCCUAUGGUGGAUAUUAAUGAAUGUGUUGGGGAUCUAUCUACUAUAGAUUUUGAUGAUGGAAGUAUGGACUUUUCAUCAUCAGUAACCAUUAAAUCUCAGAAAAAUGGAAUAGAUUUACAGACUACUGUGUGCCAAACUUCUGUCAAAAGUAUGAAAAUCGGUAAUGCGGUUGAUUUGACAGAAAUAGCGCCGCAACUUAUCAAGACAAAAGAUGAGGAAGAGGUAUUUAGGUUCUACUAUCUGGAUGCAUAUGAAAACCCUUACAAGAAUCCUGGAACUGUAUAUCUCUUUGGCAAGACCUAUGUAUCGAGUCAUGAUACGUACUGUUCAUGUUGUAUUAUGGUGCAUUGUAUACCAAGAAGAAUAUAUCUUUUGCCUAGAAAAUAUAUAAAAAACACUGAAUCGCAAUUAACUACCAUGGAAGAUGUAUAUAAAGAGUUUGAUGAGUAUGCUAGUAAGAUGCGUAUAAUGGAGUUUAAUUGUAAGGAAGUAAAGAAGCAUUAUUCCUUUGAAAAGGAGGGUACACCAAAAACUUCAGACUACUUGGAAGUGAGAUAUAAUGCACGCUAUCCAGCAAUCGAGUCUGAUUAUUCAGGUUUAGCAAUAGAACGUGUCUUUGGCACAACAGUGAAUGCAUUAGAAUUGCUACUUAUAGAACGAAAGAUUAAAGGGCCUUGCUGGUUAGACAUUAAGAAUGUAUCACCCACUGCAGGACGAUUUGCUUGGUGUCCACAGAUAGUAGUUGCUUCGGACAUGGACAAUAUAUCACUGUGUUCUCAAGAAAAUGCUAAGCCCCCAUUGGUGAUAGCGACCUUAAAUGUAAGAAUGUCUUUAAACGCAAAGUUGCAGAAUGAAGUAGUGAUGGUUGUUGUGUUAAUUCAUCACAAGUACAAUGUUGAUAAGGAACCACCAAAACCACCUUACGAACGUCAAUUUUGCUUUGUCACACGUCCACGAGAUACCCCGUGGCCGCGGCAAAUUCGUGAUGCUAUCCUAAAAGUUCCGAAUACAGAAGUGAUAAAAUGCGAAACUGAAAGUGAAUUACUCGAAGAGCUAUUAACUUUAAUGCAGAAAGCGGAUCCCGAUUUAAUAAUAGGCUACGAUUGCGCAUUUCAGUUUGAUGUGUUGAUGCAGAGAAUGUUUGCAUUAAAAGUGUCCAACUGGAAUAGAAUGGGGAGAUUAAAAUCAACGACUCCUCCCUUAUUAAGGGGAAAAAUAAUACUUAAUCAAGCUUUUGUCGGUCGCCCAAUUUGUGAUAUACAAGUUUCAGCGAAGGAAUUGAAUUUAAAAGUCAGAAGUUACAAUCUCCAAUCACUUUGCAAUGCAGUAUUAAAAACGAAGGAACAUGAGUGUAGAGAGAUUACACCAGCGGAAACUCCAUCGUUUUUCAAUACAGCAGACAAAUUGUUAAAUCUAAUGCAUAUGACAUUAAAAGAAGCAAAAUACAUUGUAACCAUAGUGAUGGAUCUCAAUGUUAUACCGCUCGCUCUUCAAAUCACCUGUUUAGCAGGUAAUAUUUUAUCGAGGACGCUGUUAGGUGGAAGAGCGGAGAGGAACGAGUAUCUGUUGCUACAUGCUUUUAAUCUGAAAGAUUACAUAACACCGGAUAAAAAAGUUGAAAAGAAGGGGCGAGCUGAUGAUGGUCCACGUCGGAAAGCUGCGGCGUACACUGGAGGUCUCGUACUUGAUCCGAAGAAAGGUUUCUACGAUAAACUAGUACUGCUGAUGGAUUUCAAUUCCUUGUAUCCGAGCAUUAUACAAGAGUACAAUUUGUGUUUCACCACCAUACCCGGUGCGGCGUACGCUGAUGUCGAGCAAUUAAGUAUUCCUGAGUCGAAUCUGGAGCUAGGUGUGAUUCCGACGGAAAUUCACAAAUUGGUCAAAAGCAGACAGCAGAUUAAACAGCUUAUGAAAACGCCAAAUCUAACGCCGGAACAAAAAAUGGAUUAUCAUAUCAGGCAAAUGGCGUUGAAACUCACGGCCAAUUCCAUGUACGGAUGUUUGGGGGCGACGCAUUGUCGAUUUUAUGCUAAAGGCCUCGCCGCUUUGGUAACAGCUAAAGGUCGAGAAAUUCUGGAAGAUACGAAGCAUUUGGUUGAAAAACUACAAUAUGAAGUAAUUUAUGGCGAUACUGAUUCUCUGAUGAUAAAUACCAAUAUUUUGGAAUACGAUGACGUUUUUUCGAUCGGCAGAAAGAUUAUGCGCGAAGUCAACAACCGAUACAAAAAAGUCGAAUUAGAUAUCGACGGGGUAUUCCGAUAUCUAUUGCUUUUACAAAAGAAGAAAUAUGCUGCAGUUACAAUGUCGAAAUUGCCAAAUGGUCAAAUACAAUUGGUGCAGGAACACAAGGGUCUGGAUAUUGUGAGAAGAGAUUGGUGUCCAUUGGCCUGCGACACUGGAAAAAAAAUUUUGGAUAUACUUCUCUGUGAUCAAUCAAGUGACACACGUUUGGAGCAAGUCGUACAAAUUCUGCAGAACGUUGCAAAAAGUGUAAAGGAGGGAACGGCGCCACUGUCAUCAUUUGUUAUCACUAAACAAUUGUCGAAAAAUCCGGAUGCAUACCCAGAUAAGAAGCAAUUGUCUCAUGUUAUGGUAGCACUCAGACUAAACAAAGCGGGUGGUCGGAUGUGGAAAGCUGGUGAUACUCUACCAUAUGUUAUAUGCGAGGAUGGAACUGAUGCGAGUGCAACGGAACGAGCGUAUCACAUUGACGAAGUAAAAAAUAAUGAGAAAUUAAAGGUGGACAUUAAUUACUAUCUGUUGAGCCAAAUAUUCCCCGUAGUGUUACGCAUUUGUGAGCCGAUCGAAGGCAUCGAUGAUGUCUUCCUAGCCAACAAUUUAGGUUUACAAUUCAUUUAUAAGCCUAAGGCAAUACCUUGCGAGGCAACUUUGAACUUACCGCUAGCUAUCAACGAUGAUAGGUUCAACAAUUGUCUUCCUUUGACAUUUAAAUGCAGAAAUGAGCGAUGUAAUACGGAAAUAAUAAUUAAGGAUACCGUUACAGAAUUUCAUUCUGGUCGACAGUUAUCACUCAGCAUGUGCCCCAAUCAAGAUUGUAAGUUACCACCUUGGAAAUAUGCAAACGUGAUACAGAAUGUAGUUCAACUUGCCAUGAGAAAGGCAAUUACCAAGUAUUACAGUGGCUGGUUGGAAUGCGAGAAUCCACUUUGUUCCAAUAGAACAAGACGGCUGCCAUUGGAUUUUGUGAAGAAGUUUCCAGAUUGUCCAGUGUGCAAGGACGCUUCUAUAAAUCGAGUUUAUUCUGGGACAGAUUUGUACAAUCAAUUGUACUAUUACUAUAAAAUAUUUGAUAUUACUCAACCGGCUUACAAACAACUUCUAUCUCAAUGUUCACGAGAUAUGAUAGCCGCGUAUAACAAUCUAAAAGAGGCAGUUGACAAACAAUUAAAACGUAACAAAUUUUCGUGUGUAAAUAUCACAGGAAUAUUCAGCAGUACUGAUCCUUUCAAUCCUGCAAGUAUGUUCAUUAGUGGCGGUUCGCGGGAGGAUUUUGAUGAAUUGGGGGAUCUGUCCGAUGACACGGAUAAAGAAAUUUAAGUAGAAAUGUAACUAAAGAAUAAGAUACAAAAAUUGAAAAGACUGCGAUUAAGAUCUUAUAAAUUAAAUUAUUUUUAUACGAAA